UGUUCUCACUGAGAAAGGACCGUCGCACUUGCGCGGCACUCUGGAUGGUGAAGCAAGGCGGAACGCUGAUGAUCUUUUCCCGCGUGUGUUGAAUGAAACAUUGACCCCACCGCGGGGAUAUAGGAGCACUCUCAAAGAAAAGGAGGAAAUAACACUAUUUUUUUUCUUCUACACUCUCAGAAGUAAACAAAUAAAAUAGCGCAAGAGAAAGAAAACGCUCUAUUGCAAGGAUGUGUGGCAUGGACGUGGACCUGGGGGAGGCGGGCUCCGGCGAGGAGGACAAGGAGGAGGAGUUCUGGCUGGGGGAGGAGGUGAAGCUGUUCCCCCCCCAGCUGGCCCACACGGGGGGCAGUGCGUGGGGCAGCCGACGGGGCCGGCUGGGCUGCCUGGCCUGUGGGGCCGGGCUGGUGCUGUGGAACCUGGGGCUGGUCCUGCUCAGUGCUGUGCUCCUGGCCACCGUCUUCUCCCUGGUGCUCCUACCCGCCCUGCUGCUGCUCUACGCCGGCUUCCUGUGCCACUCGAGGGUUCUGGACUCCAGCGCUGCCCUCUGUCGUUACCUCGACGACAACAGUUCCUCAGCCCUCAUCAUCCUGGGCUUCGUCAUGAUGUCCCCCUUGGUGGUGGUGGCGGCGGCCAUCUUCUGUGGCCUGCUCCGUCGGUUGCGAGUCCUGGCCCUCCUGCAGCCCGUCACACGGGCCUGGUACCAGGGGAGCAUCCUGGACUGGGCGGGCAGCCUGAACGCCUGGGUGUGAUCUGUGAGGUCCUGCCGGACACACGUGGGCCCCCCCUGUUUGGAGGGGCCGGUUCCUUAUGUGUACACUGGCCCCGUUUGUCUGUUGAUGGAGAAUAAUUACAACUCAAUAAUCCGUUAGUGUACAAGUGUCAUGUUUGUUUUGGAUUUUGAUAUUGUUCAGCUCAGUGUGAUGAUGUCAAGAACUAAAUAUAUAUAUAGAGCGUAUAUAUUAUGUUGUUUGGUUUCCGAUAUACAGUGAAAUACGUGUUGCCGAUUACACGAUUGGAGGAUGAUGCUAUUACGUCAGUUCGAUUGGAAAAAUAUGUCACGCAUCUGAGAAUUGCCCAGAAACUCUGAGAAAGUGCAACAUUUUCAGAGGUUCUUACAACACAGUCUCACAAAGCGAUUGUUUAAGAUGUUUUGGAUGUUAAGUUAAUCUUUGGUUAUUAUGGAAGAAAUUUGGAUUGUUGUAUCCCUAUCGGUUUUAUGCAUUUUGCAAAUUACAUCUCCGAUUGGCAUGCGUAAUAUAUUUAAUGGCAUUGGCAACAAGGCAGAAUGAUGAUCCCGUAUUUGCCCACAAUUGUUAUUGAACUAAGCAUUGUGCCAUAAACCACAAACAUUCCUGACAUGUUUGUUUUGGUCUUUAUUUAUGUAUGUACUUCAUCCUUUUGUUGAACAACAUGUUAUCUAUUUAAAUGUUAUUUAUUAUUAUGCAUAUAUUUUUUAUGCAUACCAAAAUGUCCCUUUUUAAUAAAAUGCUUUUAUUCAGUGCGGUUA